UCACCAGUGGGUGUCAUUGGGCCUAGGGACACAGGAUCUUGUCUGCCACUGAUCUUAGGGGCUGGAGCCUUUGUCCCUGGCUUGGUGGGGACCGUGACACCCCAAAAAGUCUUUCCCUCCUGGUGUGUGUGUGUGUGUGUUGGGGUUCCUGCACUAAAUGACAGCUGAUGCUGCCCUGGGAGGGGGGGACCCGCCUCCCCCAGCACCCCCUGUCCUGGGGCGGGCAGAGGUGAGACACCCCUGGCAAUGGCCAGGCAGUCCCCAAGGAUGUCCCCUCCUGUGGUCACCCAUCACGCCUGAGCUUUGUUUUGUCCCCUAGGUAAUUUUUAUUAUUUAUUUUGCAGACAAAGCAUACCUCCCCUUGGCAGUUAAAUUUUCAUUUUCAGCGCUUGCAACAGCACCCGCUUUUAUUGGGGUGGUGUGGGCCACCUGCCAGCGUCACCCAUUGUCACCCCAUGCCACUCAGGGUCUGUGCAUCACCUGGCAAGCCCCGCUACGGCUGGGCUGGGAGGGGAUGGGGCUCCGCCGACCACUUUUGGCUGCCCCGUGCCCCAGUGCCUGCCGCCUUGCCGGGGCGAGAUGCCCUCGCCUGUCCCUGUCCCUGGGGCGGCCGUGACUCAUCGGGAGGCGGGCAAGAGCAUGAGCAUCUCGCCUUGAGUGAGGCCAGCCGGGGGGACAAAAGAGGCCACCCUCGACUCCCUCCCCCGCCACCUGCUCCCAUGCUCGCCCGGGCUGCGGGUGCCUUGCGGGGAUGGCCCCCAGCCCCAGCCGGGGGCUGCCGCAGGGCUGGAGGGGCUGCCUCCCCCAUCCCACCAGCUCCUCGGCCCUUCAACCAGCUGCCUGGCGACUGGCGCGCUGGCUGGCUCAACCUCUACCGCUUCUGGCAGGAGGGCGGCUUGCACAACGUCCACCACAUCAUGGCUCGCAAGUUCCAGCAGUUCGGGCCCAUUUACAGGGAGAAGCUGGGUGUCUAUGAGAGUGUGAACAUCAUCAGCCCCCAGGACGCUGCCACCCUUUUCCAGGCGGAGGGGACGCUGCCGGAGCGCUUCAGUGUACCCCCCUGGGUGGCUUACCGCGACUACCGCAACAAGCCCUACGGCGUGCUCCUCAAGACGGGGGAGGCCUGGCGCUCGGACCGCCUGAUGCUCAACAAGGAGGUGCUGUCACCGCAGGUGGUGGAGAGUUUUGUGCCUCUGCUGAGCCAAGUGGGCGAGGACUUCAUCCAGCGGGCACGGGCCCAGGUGGGGAAGAGCGGCCGGGAGCGCUGGACGGCCGACUUCACCCACGAGCUCUUCCGCUUUGCCCUGGAGUCCGUGUGCCACGUGCUCUACGGGGAGCGGCUGGGGCUGCUGCAGGACUUUGUGGACCCCGAGGCGCAGCGCUUCAUCGAUGCCGUGACCCUGAUGUUCCACACCACCUCGCCCAUGCUCUACCUGCCGCCUGCCCUCCUCCGCCACCUCAACGCCAAGAUGUGGCGGGACCACGUCCGGGCCUGGGAUGCCAUCUUCUCCCAGGCGGACAAAUGCAUACAAAACGUCUAUCGGGACCUGCGGCUGCAACGCAAGAGCACCAAGGAGUACAUGGGCAUCCUCUGCAGCCUGAUCAUGCAGGACAAGCUGCCCUUGGAUGACAUCAAGGCCAGCGUCACCGAGAUGAUGGCGGGCGGGGUGGACACCACCUCCAUGACGCUGCAGUGGGCCAUGUUUGAGCUGGCGCGGUCCCCGGGGGUCCAGGAGCAGCUGCGGGCAGAAGUCCUGGCUGCCAAGCAGGAGGCAGCAGGGGACAGGGUGAAGAUGCUGAAAACCAUCCGGCUGCUCAAAGCCACCAUCAAGGAGACACUCCGGCUGCAUCCCGUGGCAGUGACCCUGCAGAGGUACACCACUCAGGAGGUCAUCCUCCAGGACUACCGCAUCCCCCCAAAGACGCUGGUGCAGGUCGGUCUCUACGCCAUGGGCCGGGAUCCUGAGGUCUUCCCCAAGCCGGAGCAGUUCAGCCCCCAGCGCUGGCUGGCAGCUGGCCCCAAGCACUUCAAGGGGCUGAGUUUUGGUUUCGGACCCCGCCAGUGCCUGGGACGCCGGAUCGCUGAGCUGGAGAUGCAGCUCUUCCUCAUGCAGAUCCUGGAGAACUUCAAGAUCGAAACCAUGAGAGCGGUGGAAGUCGGGACCAAGUUUGAUCUCAUCCUGAUCCCAGACAAACCCAUCUACUUGACCUUACGGCCGCUUGAGCCCCAAGCAUGAGGAACCCGACCCCGGGUGACACCCAGCUGGUCCCAGCUGGGGGGUCACCCCCACCAUCCCAGCAAGCGCUUUCAGCUCCUUACAGCCAGACCAGCUCAGGGAUGCGAGCUGGGGGACGGCUGGGACGCUCUCACGGCCACAGCCUUGGCUCCGUGCAUCCCUGCCUCCGCUCAAGGCUGCGCUUACGCCACGGGGGAGAUAAACCCCCGAAACCCCAGCCCCCACCGUCACCCCACGGAGCGCAGGGUGGAGGGUGCUGCUGCACCCAUCCGGCUGCGCAGGGGUCCCCAGGGACCACGCCGGGGACUGCAGCCCUGCUUCUCCGACACCCUCUCACGUUUUGCUUCGCCUCUGAUUUACUCUGUAAUUU